AGCGGCGUUGGUAUGGCGACCGGGUCUCCGGGCGAGCGUGGUCCUCCGCAGGAGGAGGUGGAGAAGAAGAUGGAGAUGGAGGAGGAGGAAGGGGAGGAAGAGCAGGAGCAGGAGGAAGAUGAGGAGGAGUCGCUGCCGCACGCCGAGGUGAUGGACGUGUUCCAGGAGGGCCUGGCCAUGAUCGUGCAGGACCCGCUGCUCUGCGACCUGCCCAUCCAGGUCACCCUGGAGGAGAUCAAUUCUCAGAUUGCGCUGGAGUACGGGCAAGCGAUGACCGUCCGCGUGUGCAAGGUGGACGAGGAAGUGAUCCCUGUCGUGGUAGUGCAGAACGCCACUGUGCUGGACCUCAAGAAAGCCAUCCAGCGAUCUGUGCAGCUCCGCCAGGAGAGAGAAGGCGGCACCCAGCACAUCAGCUGGUCUUACGUGUGGCGAACCUACCAUUUAACCUUUGCCGGAGAGAAGCUCACGGAAGACGGGAAGAAACUUCGAGAGUACGGCAUCCGGAACCGUGACCAAGUCACCUUCAGCAAAAGACUGAGGAACAAAUGAGCGGCUCGUUUCUCUUCAGCUCUGUCUGGCCACCCAGGCUGAAGAGGACAAGCAGCCCUGUCUUCAGCUCUUGGGGAGCGUCUGGCCGAGAGCUUCCCGGCGGUGGCGUGGAGGAGCGCCUCUGUGCAGGGCCUGAAGCAGCACGGGGGACGGUGAAGGGGCCGCUCGCCCGUUGCUCUGUUCACUGUGCGACCCCAGCGUGACCUGGAGCCCUGUAGCUACGGCCCGGCCUGCCCACCUUCCACUGAGCCCAGGUGGGGCCCGUCUCACUGACAGCCGCCCUGUCCGCAUCUAUGACUUUGUCUGAACGUGGUUCAAGGGGCCGACGCCGGCUGUGACUCCCGGGCCGCCCCAGGACCGUGUGUGGGGCAAGGGAUAAUGGGAAGGCGCCAGCUGAUGGGAAAAUAAAGCCUCCAC